AUGUACACGAGUUGCUGCAAAAGGAGGAAUUCUAGUGCAUUCGACAAACUAAUUCUCAUAGAGAUCUUAAUACUUUAUUUGAAUAAGGAUACUCUGAGUUAUUCAAAUAUACACUAUGUUGGCAUAACUAACACCAUCAGUAGAAGUCAGAUCUUAGAUGAUCCUAUUCUCUAUGGCCGAGUUCAAAGAAUACUGACACUUCUCAACGUUAGGGAUGUAGUCAACCACAGGGUGUGUUCGGGGAAAGGGGCAACGGUGACAGGUCGCGGCUCCGGCGAGGUGGACUGGGCAAGGAGCCAAUUCGUCCAGGAAUGCGUGAGGGAACAUAACAUGCUGAGGUCUCUCCACGGAGCCCCGCCUCUCAUACUCUCAGAACAGCUGUGCAAAGACGCGCAGGAGUGGGCGAACAGGCUCGCUCACUUCCAGCUGCUCGAGUACAGCACUGAGCACGGUAGAGGGGAGAACAUCCUUACUACUACCUCGAAGGUCAACAUUACUGGGACCGCAGUCGCCCGGGCGUGGUACGAGACCGGACGGACCUUCAAGUUCGGUGUCACGGGAGCUGCAGACCUCGCACAUGCUGGUCCGUUUUCGCAAGUGGUCUGGGAGUCGACCAAGUACGUGGGCAUCGGCGUCGCGCGGGGCACCGACGGGCGCUCCGUGGUGGUGGCGCGCUACUUCCCUCCGGGCAACGUCGGCGGGCUGUUCAGCUCCAACGUGAAGGCGAGCUGCGACACCAAGACCGUUGCGAGGCGCCCGGCCGCGCUUUCGCGCACGCGCCAGGAGGCGCAGUUCUAUGUGAGCAUUGCACUCGAGCCUCCCGGAAAAGUCAAGAAGACGGACCGCAUGUCUAUGCUGCUCAAGAUCCCCGGCAGGCACCUGGACGAGGAUGGGCUCUCGCCUGGAACGUUGCUCACGCACGCCACAGCCAUCCAGAGCCUCACACCCAAGUCGCCCGUCCGCAACGGGGCCGCUCGGACGUCCAAGCUGUUCCCCAUCUGCUGCGUCACGCCCGCCAAGCCGGAGGAGCGGUGGGCGCAGCCGAGCGCUCGUAGCCAACAGCAACAGCCGCAGGAGCUCCAGCCUUCAAGUCAGAACCUGCGGGAGGAAUUGAGCCCCCGGCAGACCACCAGGGCCUCCACGCUGAGGGUGGAGGAGCAGUUGGAGAGUAUCCACGGCUCCCCCGCCGAAGACCGCUCGCACAGACACUUAUCCACCUCACCCUUGAUCAAAACACGGUCGCCGAGGCGUUGUUCCUCGCCCAAGGCGCUUCCCCGCCUGGCGAGAGCGGCGCGCAAAGCCAACUCGCCCAGGAGAGGCGCUUCGCCCAAGCAGGGUGCCUCUCCGCGCAAGGGCGCCACGUCGCGCCUUAGGACCCUCACUGGGCAGGGCGAGCACGGCGUCGUCAUCGCCACUCUGUAGUGCUGGCUCGGAGCGGACUGCGUGCUCAUCUGCCGGGCUCACUU